ACGCAAAAAUAGUCCCCCCUUCAUAUUCGCCUCUUCUAAUUUCCUCUUUCAUUUUAUUCAUUCCCCUCCCUCACCAUUUCCAACCUUUGACGAUUUCUUACCCAAACCAAAAUCACAAUCUUUCAUAUAAAUUAUCUUCUUCCUCUUCAAUACACUCUAUUCUAUCCCACUUCCAAUAUGUCUUGCUCCAUCGCUGUCCCUACCUCUCCUUCCCUCUUCUGCAACAACAUGAACUCCCUCAUAUCUCCUCCUUCUUCCCCUCCUUCUUCCUGCUUCAGGCUCCUCAAGCCUCCAAUCGCUUUGCCCGCUCCUCCCUCUCCUUCUGUUUCCACUUCUGCUCCGUCGUCUUCCUCUUCCUCGCCCACGAACUCCCUCUUGAAGAGGAAGAGGCCUGCCAGGCUUGAUAUUCCCGUCGCGUCUCUCGCUUUUGGUGCCCCGGCAACGCCGUCUGCGGCGUCUCGUGAUUUCAUGGAGGCUGAAGGCAAUGGGUUUUCUGUGUAUUGCAAGAGGGGAAAGAGGGAGUUCAUGGAGGACCGUUAUUCGACUGCCGUUAAUCUACAAGGAAAACAAAACCAGGCUUUCUUUGGGAUAUUCGAUGGGCAUGGGGGAGCAAAAGCUGCGGAAUUUGCUGCUCAUAACUUGGAAAAUAAUGUCUUGAAAGAAGUAAUUAGGAGGAGUGAGAACGAAGAUGACGACAACAGCGACGGCAUUGAAGAGGCAGUGAAACAUGGUUACUUGACCACAGAUUUGGAGUUCCUAAAAGAGGAUGUACAAGGUGGCUCUUGCUGUGUAACGGCAUUGAUCAGAAACGGCAACCUCAUUGUGUCCAAUGUUGGUGAUUGUCGUGCUGUCCUUUCCAGGGGAGGCGAAGCCGAGGCCCUCACAUCUGAUCACCGGCCCUCAAGGGAAGACGAGAGGGGCAGAAUUGAAGCUCUGGGUGGCUAUGUAGAUCUAUGCCAUGGAGUUUGGAGGAUCCAGGGAUCUCUUGCUGUGUCUAGAGGAAUUGGAGAUAAGCACCUGAAGCAAUGGGUGACAGCGGAACCUGAAACUAAAAUUCUCAAAAUUGAAGAUGAACAUGACUUGUUAAUACUAGCUUCAGAUGGACUAUGGGAUAAGGUUACUAAUCAGGAAGCAGUGGAUAUUGCUCGUUCUUUUUGUGUUGGAAGUGAUAAGCCACAGCCAUUGUUGGCCUGUAAAAAGCUUGUAGAGUUGUCAGCUUCACGAGGCUCUUUUGAUGAUAUAAGCGUUAUGGUGAUCAAGCUGGGUCACUAUACAUGAAGCUUCAUCAGUAGUACAAGAGAGAGAAUACUUACUGCACCUGUAAUUCAUAACAUACAGUAUUAGGGAUUUAGUCUCUGCGCCUGUAACACAGAAUUAGGGAUUUUAUUCUCAGCCUGAGAGAGAAACUCGAAGGCUCAAGCAAGGCUGAAGAGUAGCGCCAACUAGUUCUUCAUUCUCAGAGGAAAGAGGCCGCUACCAUUACGUUAAGCAGGACUGAAUCUCUUUCUGUACAUACCUGCACUUCCUUUAUUUUUUAUUUUUUAUUUUUUACCCAUAUAGACUCAGCAGAAUAAGUUCUAUUCUUUGUUUACUUUUCCCCCCUUCUUUUCCCUCAAAAUUCUCCUACUGAUCUAAAUGUAGUAGCAUUACAUUAUUUAAUUUUUUUUUAAUCGAAGUCAUCGGCUUUCAAAGUUAUCAUUUGCUGCCGCAUUCUUAGAUGGUAAAUAUUCUCUUGAUUCUGUCAUGGUGUUGUACUUAAACUGCAAAACCGGAAACGGUCUUGCUUUCAAAAAUAUAGAAGUCAGAUUUUGUUACUCUGAACGAUUCAACGUACUCGAACUGAUAAAUUAAUUUGAUUGGA